ACCAAGAAUAAUAACCGAAAAAGACGUCUGACAUUGUAAACCAGCACAAGAGAUGGAACCACAAGCUGAAGACUCUGCACACAGCCCUCUCUGGUCAGGUUCAGAAGGUUCCCAGGAACUUUGUCCCUCUGAGCAUUUGGCCGAGUCCUAUAAUGAAGAUGAUGAUAGUGAAUCAGAGGACCUCUCAGGCUCACAAAAUACUCAUAUCCCCUCGUCCCAGUCUCCAGAGUGCCUUCAGUUGCAACACAGAGAAUCUGCAGAUGGUCCAGAAUCUCUCCUGGAACAGAGUGAGCAGGAAGAGUCAGUUUUCUAUCAAGAAAAUUAUGAUUUUUAUUUUUCUGAAUCAAGAGAAUCUAUGACAGACUCUCCUUACAUCGAAGCUUCGCAAACAACAGCGACCUCACCCCCAGAGUGCCCAGAUUCCAAGUCGUGGCAGCAUUCCUGCUCUUCCUCCUCCUCCUCUCUUGGCUGUGCUGCUGAUAUGACCAAGGCCCUGACCCUGAGCUCAGAACGGCCCCUGGGGGCCAGUGAUGGGCAUGGCCCAAGGACUGAGAUCAGGAGCUUUGAAUCUUCAGAGGAAGGAGGGAGCAGCGAAGCACCUCCUGCUUCUGUCUUCUUUGGAAUUUCUGACGAGGGUGCUGAGCAGGCAGAGACGAGGAACUUGGGGUCUGACAGAGAUCUCUGCAGACCGGACAGGCAAAGGGCAAGGUACACACGGCUCAGUCACAAAGAGACCCAAUCAGAGAGACACGUGAAGGAGACCAAGUCUAAAUGCAAGCAAAUUGCCCAACUCCUGGUCAAUGCACCCAACCCCCAAAACAAGGGAGCGUUGCUCUUUAAAAAACGCCGCCAGAGGGUGAAGAAGUACACUCUUGUGAGCUACGGAACUGGAGUUCACGCUUUUGAUAGCUCAGGUCAAAUAGAGGGCGAAACUGACAAAGCUAGAUCUGCUGGUUACAGCUUCCCGGGUUCGAGUGAUUCUGAUUUUGAGGAGCAGUAUUUUCAGCAUCACCAGUACCAUAAUCCAGCUCUGACCUGGGGCAGUGGUGAAGACAUGGAUGUGCUGCCAGAGACAAAGGGGAAGGGACUUGUGAUGUUUGAACAGCGUCGCAAAAGAAUCGAUGAACUCGUGUCAGAGCAAGAAGAAGAGAGGAGUGAAGGCUUUCCUGAGGAUGUUUUGAAAGAAACACAACGUGCAAGAAUUUAUGAAAGUAAAGAAAUGUACAUGCAUGCCGAGGAGACCAAUGUGAAGAAGCACAUGGAUUACCACGCAGAUGUUCAAGAGGUGAACCACCUCUCCACUGUGCCAAAACCCAUGGUGCCAAACAGAACUGCCAAACCCUUUUUGGGAUUUCAAGAUAGUCCAACACUUGAACCUGUCACUAUGUCUGGUGGGGUCAGUCCAGCCAUGAAGAAGCACGAACUAGCAUUCAAAGUCCCUGUAUCGAUUAACUCCAACCCCAAGGUUUGGUCUCCAACUGGAGACAUUAUUGCCUCGAGAGAUGAACGAAUAUCCGUGCCUGCCAUCAGGACUGGCAUAUUACCAGAGUCAAAGCGGAAAACUGCAAAUAAGCAUCCAUCAGUGCCUGCAAAAGAAUCUGAACUUUAUAGCCAAAGCAAAGGUGAAAGGAAGUCUUAUAUUGAGUCAGAGGAAGACUUUUUCAGUUUGGGUGCCGAGGCUUGUAAUUUUAUGCAACCCAAACCAAUAAAACUUAAAAAUCCUCCCCCGGUUCCCCCCAAACCCACCAUUAACCCAGCAUGCCCACCCUGGAACCCCUGUAGCGAGUCCUAUGUUCCUUCAAGGAGUCCGGUGUCCCAUCCCUCCCACAGCCCCAUCGGUCUUCAUGGUCAGCAUUAUUUACAGCAGCAAGAUUGGACUCGACCUCAACAGAUGGCUGGCCACUGGGCAUCAGAUCAAACGGAGGCAUCACUUCAAACACCUGCCAAUGCCCGGGUUCCGGUCAACUCUUCUCAGCUUCAUCUUCAUCCAACCACAAAUAGCUGGAGUCAACAGCCGUCACUAUCCCCUGUGAGUAAGCAGGCCCACAGUCCUACUUAUAGCCCACUUUCACACUCAAAGAAUAAGUCAGACAGUUCUCCAAACUUGGUUGCUCCUUUCCUACCACAAGCAGAGAAGUCAUACCUUCAGACACCAAAACCUUUGGAGGUUUCUCCAAAGCUCAGAGUCCCAGACAGGAGUGUUAAUCAGGCUGCUGAUGGGACAACUAUGGCAGGGAAAGGUGCAAAAUUAUUUGCUAAAAGACAGUCUCGCAUGGAGAAGUUUGUUAUUGAUGAUGAAACAGUGCAAGCGAAUAAAACAAGAUCCCCCUCUCCAACCUCAUCUCUUCCUAACUCUUGGAGAUAUUCAUCCAAUAUUCGUGCCCCACCCCCCCUGUCAUAUAAUCCUCUUCUGUCUCCUUUCUACCCUCCAUCAGCAGCCAAGCAGCCCCCUUCCACAAGCCCCAAAACCAAGCCCAAGUCCAAAGAGAAACCUAAGUCAACCCCCAAGCAACUCAACGCCUUAGAUAUCAUGAAACAUCAGCCAUACCAAUUGGACUCAUCUCUGUUCACUUAUGAUGCAGCCUCUGAGGCUAAAAGCCCCAGUCCUAAACCAACUCCCGUGUCAAAGUUUGAAGUUACCAAAAGCCUUAAGCAAAGAGCCGACUCUUCCUAUUCUCCUUAUAAUCCCUCUGAACCUGCUGGCCAAAGCAAGGCAGAGGCUCCUGCUAAGGCUCCAAAGUCGGUAAGUGUCCCAAAUUUCACCACUCAAAGCACAAGAUCAGCUGAGCAGCUUUCAACAGACAAGCAUUUGGAGGAAAAGCUUGCCGUCACGAGUGCUGCCCCUCACACAAGCAACAAGCAAGCACAAGGCUCCCGACCUGCAAGCACGACUUCGCAGCACUCGUCUUCUUUCAGCGACACCAUUGCUUCAGCUUUCUCUCCUGCAUCUCUCAUUGCUAGAGGCGUGCGUCAAAUGGCUCCACGGCCAAAAUUCUCUGCUAAGAAGCCGGCAGCGACCGGAAAACAGUGGAAACCCGUUGCUAUGCUUUCCUCUGCAUAACACUUUACAUGGUCAUGCUUUUGUUUAGCCGGAGAUGACAGUCACAUUAGUACAUCUGCACCUGGGUGGCUUCACAAAUGUCUUAAGAGGAUUAGCUAAGUAGAUCUCAUGAAAAGUUGCUAAAGUAAAAUAUGUAGCAAUUAUUAAUUAAUUAAAUAAAUAACUUAAUUUAGUUUGUUUAAUGUAGCACCAUUUGGGAGGUCAUCUCAGGGCACUUCUCAUACAGAGAAACACAACAGUUUCUAAGAAAAGAAAAAGACACAUUACCAUCCAAAAACGUGGAAUGUGGUUGAAGACAUGACAUUAGAAGAUAAGUUAAUGUUAAAUGGUUCUCAGGAUGUGCUUUUAUAUGCAAAUAUCUGCAGAGAGUCUUCUUCUAGUCCCUUUAGUUUGUAUUUUUAAGGGGUAAAGUUCAAUGUUUGCAUAUGUAACAGUAAAUAUUAAUCCUGGUCAAAUCAAAUCAUCUUCAAUAUUUCUUUCUCUUGAAAGCUAUUCUGGAUAACAACGACUGACCCGUCCAGCCACUUUGAAAGAGCAUUUUUAAUCCCUUAUUCUGUUUGGGGUCAAAUCUGUGACUGCAUUUCAAUUUCUGUGCACAAUUUAUAAUUUUUUUCAGUCUCAUUCCAGACUCUGAUUAUAUCAUAACUGAUAAAAAGACUCUCUCAUGUGGUCAUUAACAAAAAAAAAAAAAAAAAAAAAAAAAUU